ACCACUCCUCCCCAUCUCAGCCCCACCCGCUCCGCUACUAGCUCUAGCUCCUCGCCGGCGGAUCGAGAUGAGCGACCCCAGGUACGCCUACCCGUACCCUUCUCAAGGUUACUAUAACCAGGGGCCGUACCAGGGGCCUCCGGUGAUGGCGCCGCCGCACGCGCAGUACCAGUACCAGUACGGCCAGCCGCCGCCGCCGCCGCGGCAGCCGGGCUUCCUCGAGGGAUGCCUCGCCGCCCUCUGCUGCUGCUGCCUACUCGACGAGUGCUGCUGCGACCCCUCCGUCAUAUUCGUCACCUGAAGUCUGAAGACGGCGCCGGCGAUGAAGAAGACGCAGUGUAACAAGUCGUCGUCGAUGUAUCAUGUAUUGGUGCUGUGGUUUUUCAGUUUCUUGACUAUCUUUGUUUUGUUGGGUGGUUUCUCCUACUUUUUUUCUCUCUGCUCUUAAUGGCUCCUUCGAACGCAGGGGAUUUGGGGGGUGAUUUUUCACUGAAAUUUGUUCAGUUCCUGUGAAAAUCAUCAAAAAUCCCUUCGUGCCAAAGGAGACUUAAACUGUGUAUUAGUUGUACGUUAAGUAUUGUGUUCAGGUAGUUGUUUGAGAUGGAGAGCAUGUACUGUUUUCAUGAGUUGAAAAUUUGACAGAUUGUGUUGAGCUAUGUAAAAUUGGACACAAAUCUAUGUUCUCGUUGAUGCUGUCAAAUUGUAUUGUAAGUUCAUCCAAAAGCUCAGGUUAAUGAGAAAAGA